GCACCGCUGGAGCCUGUUCGCGUCGACUAACCAGAGUCCGCGAAUCCUCCACUCCAAGCCGAUCUGGACUGCCCCGAGCCCAGCUUUCUAUCCUUUGAAACCACUAAGAAUAAUGCUCCUGCAUCAGUUUUUACUAGAGCCAAUUACCUGUCAUGCCUGGAACAGGGAUCGUACCCAGAUUGCCCUUAGCCCCAAUAAUCAUGAAGUCCACAUCUAUAAAAAGAACGGGAGCCAGUGGGUGAAAGCUCAUGAACUCAAGGAGCACAAUGGACACAUCACAAGUAUCGACUGGGCUCCCAAGAGCGACCGCAUCGUCACUUGGGGGGCAGACCGCAAGGCCUAUGUCUGGAGUCAGAAAGACAGUGUCUGGAAGCCAACCCUGGUGAUCCUGAGAAUUAACCGUGCGGCCACUUUUGUCAAGUGGUCCUCACUAGAGAACAAGUUUGCUGUGGGAAGUGGAGCAAGACUCAUUUAUGUUUGUUAUUUUGAGUCUGAAAAUGACUGGUGGGUAAGCAAGCACAUUAAAAAGCCAAUUCGCUCCAUGGUCCUCACCUUGGAUUGGCAUCCCAACAAUGUUUUGCUGGCAGCAGGAUCAUGUGAUUUCAAAUGCAGAGUGUUUUCUGCAUACAUUAAAGAAGUGGAUGAAAAGUUAGCCAGUACACCCUGGGGUAGCAAGAUGCCUUUUGGUCAGCUGAUGUCCGAGUUUGGUGGCAGUGGUACUGGUGGCUGGGUGCAUGGCGUCAGCUUCUCCGCCAGCGGGAGUCGACUGGCCUUGGUCAGCCAUGACAGCAUUGUGUCCGUUGCCGAUGCCUCAAAAAGCGUGCAGGUCUCAACUCUGAAAACAGAGCUCCUGCCCCUCCUGAGUGUGUCAUUUGUUGAUAGAGAACUCUAA